UACACAGCAGGUGCAGCUCGCUGUGAUCCCUCUUCAUUCAGCAUUCGCUACCACUACACCUACCAACAACACACAUUCCAUCACAAGCCCAAUCAACCACUUUCAGCUCAUCCCCACCCGCACAAGAUAGUGUCGCCCCUCAUGACUAUGCAGCUGGAGCCUCAUCACUUCGGAGGUGACUGGGCAAACGACGCAUUCGUUGCCCUCAAUCAGAACGAUGCCCAUUCAGACAAGUGGUCUGCUUUUGGCAGCCCAUCCUUCUCCAGCUCAAGCUUCACAAUUCCCCCGUCUCUCCUCACCCAAAGUGCCAUUGAGCGAUAUGGCCAAGUAACCCCACCCGAGGAGCUUUCACCGGCAGAGCGACCGCGCGAGGUCCGAGAGGACCGAGCAACUUCCAUCCCUGUCGAGGAGCUUAGGAAUGAAGCUUUGUUCCCAGACCACCAGUUGCAGACCCUACAAGACUUCCAGCCCAAACCGGAGCAGCAGACACAACAGCAACAAUCACCCAGCUCCUCAUCAUCACCACCCAAGCAAGACGAAGUGCGCCCAUCAAAGCGCCGCCGGACGUCCAAGACUACUAGCCAGAAAUCAUCCGCCAAUCAGCCACCCACCGAUCCCCCAUCCUCCCAACUACCCUCUGACAACCCGCAGCCACCCAAGCGCAAGCGGGGCCGUCCCAAGUCCACCCCGCAGAUGGUAGAGGCAUUCACUGCCGAUGGAUUUCCCUUCCAAGUCUCAUCCGCCCGCCAAUCCCACCUAGAGAAGAACCGUGUAGCGGCACACAAAUGCCGCCAGCGGAAAAAGGAGUACAUCGGCAGCCUCGAGUACCGAGCCCGUGAACAUGCAGCUAAAAACAAAGCUCUCAAGGAGAACAUAGCCAUGCUCCGCGAGGAGCUUCUCGAGCUUAAGAACGAGGUCCUACGUCACGCUAACUGCGGCUUCUGGGCCGUCGACGAGUAUCUCACGCGUUGCGCUGGCGAUCUUCUCGGUAUGCAAGCACCCGGCCUCGAGGCUGUGACAAGCUCGCGGAUGCAGCAGCAACACCAGCCACAGCAACAGCAACAGCAGCAGUCACCCACAGCCAUGGAAAGUCCGGCUAUGAAGUCACAGUCUCAGUCUCAGAGUCCUGCCAUGGCGACGCUCGAGCCUGGCAAGAUGCAUCGCGAGUCGAGCAUAGACUCUCUCUUUAGUCUAUCCGGUGACGACUCACUGGAUCCUGAUGAUUUCAGUGGCUUUGACCUGCUCAACGACAUUGAUGAGGAAGAUGAGGUGCAAGCCGUGUAA